UUCACUGUGCUGACCGACCAGCGCUCGGUUGCGUUCCUGUUCAGCAACCAACAGCGGGGCAAGAUCAAAAAUGAUAAGAUUUUGCGGUGGAGGAUAGAACUCUCCACCUACACCUAUGAUAUCCUGUACCGGCCUGGCAGACUCAAUGAGCCCCCUGAUGCCCUAUCCCGGGGAACAUGUGCUAGCACACAGCUCGACCAGCUGUACGCCCUUCAUGCACAACUUUGCCAUCCGGGGGUCACCCGAUUUUACCAUUUUGUGAAAGCUCGGAACCUGCCGUACUCCCUGGAGGACAUCAGGACGAUGACCAGGGACUGCCAAAUUUGUGCCGAGUGCAAACCGCACUUCUACUGUCCUGACACGGCACAACUUGUCAAGGCCACCCGCCCUUUUGAACGCCUGAGUGUUGACUUUAAGGGCCCCCUUCCCUCCACUGACCGCAAUGUCUAUUUUCUCAGUGUUAUUGACGAGUUCUCACGGUUCCCCUUUGCCAUCCCCUGCCCCGACACCACUGCCACGUCCGUCAUAAAAGCCCUGCGCCAGCUCUUCACUCUGUUCGGGUAUCCCUGCUAUAUCCACAGUGAUAGAGGGUCCUCCUUUAUGAGUGAGGAGCUGCGCCAGUACUUGCUAGCUAGGGGCAUUGCUACCAGUCGGACCACGAGUUAUAAUCCCCGGGGUAAUGGCCAGGUAGAGCGGGAGAAUGCCACAGUGUGGAAGGCCACACUUUUAGCCCUUAAGUCCAAAGGGUUGCCGGUCUCUCGAUGGCAGGAGGUCCUCCCUGAGGCACUGCACUCUAUCCGCUCUCUGUUAUGUACGUCCACCAAUGCCACCCCUCACGAACGCCUAUUCUCUUUUCCCAGGAAGUCUGUCACUGGGACCACCCUACCAGUUUGGCUGACGUCCCCGGGGCCAGUGCUGCUCCGGAAACAUGUGAGGAGCAAUAAAUACUCCCCGCUGGUGGAGAGGGUUCACCUUCUCCAUGCGAACCCCCAGUAUGCUUACGUGGUCUUGCCUGAUGGGCGGGAGGACACGGUCUCCAUCCGCGACCUGGCACCCGCAGGUGCAGCAGACCACUACCCUGAAGGCUCUCCGGUAACUGUGAACCCUGCACCAGAGGUGACACCGUACUCACCAGGCCCUACACAGACUCCUCACGACACUUGUAUACCGGGCGUUUCGUACGCAUUUAUACCAGGCGCCUCGCACAUGCAUGAGGGAUCACCGGCGCCUAGUGGGCAAGAACACGCGCAACCCCCGUCCCCUGUGCAAUCGCCAAUGUUGCCGGCACCUAUGCGGUCACAGCCGGUGCUACGUAGAUCGCAGCGACAGAUUCGACCGCCUGAUCGGCUUGACUUGUAAGAACCUUCGCUACAUGAGGACUUUUUCAAACGAAGGGGGGGUGAAUGUGGUGAACUAUGUGCCUGUCGGGACACGCCCCUGCUGACUGCUCCUGUGGCUCCUCCCACAGGCCCCUGUAUAAAGGAGACCUGCGGCCUGAAGAUCGGCCUCAGUCUCCAGGACCUUGUAUGAUAGACACUCACUCCUGGUUCCUUCUUCCAGUCAAUAAAAGCCGAUAU